UGUCCUUAGAGCGUAGUGACUCAGCCCUCUGAUGUUCGCGCGCAUUUGUGUUAUUAAUACAGGGGAAGUUGUGUGUGUCUUGGAUACUAAAUCCGGAAAAAAUGUCUCGCCUGGACCUGGUGAUAUUCGGGGCGACGGGGUUCACAGGUAAACAUGUCGUUAUGGAGAUGAAUAGACAGUUGAAGCACUACCCGCUUUCUUGGGGUAUCGCUGGACGCUCUCAAGCCAAACUAGAAGAGGUAAUCAAGGAAGCCGCACAGAAAACCGGUAGCGAUGUGUCAGCCUCGAUAAUAAUAGCUGAUGUGAAUGAUGAGAAGUUACUUAAGAAAAUGUGCAGCCAGGCCAAGGUGUUAGUGAACUGUUGCGGGCCAUACCGGCAUUAUGGGGAGGCGGUGGUCAAAGCUGCCAUCGAAUCCAAGACACAUUACGUGGAUAUUGCUGCUGAACCUAUAUUUAUAGAAUCUAUGUACCUUAAAUACAACCAAGCUGCGCGUGAAGCUGGAGUAUACGUGAUCAGCGCGUGUGGCUUUGACAGCAUUCCUACUGACCUGGGAGUUGUCUUUCUAGAAAAUAACUUUGGAGGAAUAGUGAAUUCAGUGGAAUCAUACAUUACUGCUGAUGUGUCAAAAAACUUAAUAGGAGGGGCAAUGAUCAACUAUGGCACCUGGGAGUCUCUCAUAUAUGGAGUACUAGACUUGAAUAAAUUACCCGCUUUGAUGAAGAAGAUAUAUCCCAAACAGAUGCCAGAAUUUAAUCCAGAACUUAAAGCCAGAUACCCAUUCCAUCGUCGGUUGACUGGAAGAAGUUUACCUCUCUUCGGCGCAGACGCCCCUAUAGUAUACCGCACACAAAGAACUUUGUACGAGAGAGACGGAAAGCGACCAAUUCAAAAUAAGACUUAUAUCGAGUUCGCUGGCAUUUUGUCCGCGAUGGCAGUCGCCGUCUUUGCCCUGAUCGGCUACGUACUCGUCAAAUUAAGGUGCUUUCGAAAUCUCUUCCUGAAACAUCCACGUGUUUUUACGUUUGGUGCGAUCACCCGCGAGGGUCCCAGUGAGGAAGUGAUGAACAGUACUCUCUUCUCAUUUGUGCUGUUUGGUGAGGGAUGGAGCGAAGGGACUGAUAUCACCUCACCGCCUAAUAAGAAACUGGCUGUUAAGGUAUCUGGUGUGAAUCCUGGAUAUGGUGCGACAGUUGUAGCUCUCUUGUUCUCAGCACUCACAAUACUUACCGAGGAAGAUAAAAUGCCAAAAGAAUGUGGUGUCCUUACAACGGGAGUUGCUUUCAAAGAUACCAACAUUAUCAAACGCCUCCAUGAAAAUAACCUAAAGUUUGAAGUUAUCACUGAGAUUUAGAUUUAAUUCUUUAAGUAUUAAUACAAAAUGUGUCUCUUAAAUCUUUCAACAGAACAGUUACAAGUUAUAAUGGGUUUACUAUUGUGGCCAUUCACCAACCAGAUGGACCGAUUAUGUGAAAGACAUCAUCGUCAUAACUGUAACUAUCAUAAGAGAGGUGAUGAAACCGGUGGAAACAGAUAGUUCGUUCCAGAUGCUUCCUGACCACGACGCUGAGACAUGAGCUGCCGAUUAAAGAGAGAGAAGUGAUACAGUUGAAAGAUAUACUGCCGUAUCAUUAUGAUUCAUGUCUUACCUUAAACGAAUCGCUAACUAAUCAGGCAUUAAUUUAAUACUCAAGUUACAUCUUUAGGUAUAUAAUUACAAUUUUAUCAUUGAGUUUAAAACUUAAACUACGUGAAGUCUGUUAUGUUAACGGUCCAUAGAAAAUAAUAUAUUGCGAGAUGCGUUAUUGAAAUGGAAUAUGGACAUUACUGUUAGACGAGAGGCUAUUAAUUUAUAUAAUACUUUCGUCUAUAUUUUUUUCAUAUUCCCUUUCUUGUACAUAUUAGACCCUAUUCAUAAAUACAAAGCAGUUGUGGUCACCCAAAAAUCUAUAGAUUUAACAUUACUGUGACUUCCCGAAUAACAUAAUAAUCUGCCUCAACUAGGCCUUGAGAAGAAGGAACUUUACAAAAGGCGUGAAAAUGGUUAAUAAUGGACCAAGCGUGAUGUAUGUCAUUUCCAUAAAAAAAUCGUUUGGAAUUAGUGGGUGACGCCCGUUGAAAAGUGAUUUUGUCUCAGACAUGCUAACCGCGCAUAACGUAUGUACCUAAUUAAAUAUGAUAUAUGGGAAUAAUAUAUAGUGAUAAGUCUAGAAUAUGAAUCUCAUUACACAAUUCGCACUU